GCGUCCGGGAGGCGGAGCCGGCGGCGGAGGCUGCGCGCGGGCCACGCGCGGCGGCGACUCGGGCUGGGCGGCCGCCCUGCCCCACCGCCCUUCGGCGCUCGCAGGUCCGCUCCCCUCCCAAACCGCAGAGCGGCAGGCGCGGCCGCUGGUUCGAGAGCUCGGCCGGGGCAGCGCAGCCGCCGGCCGCCCCUCGCUCCCAGGCGCCACAACCCCGCGCCCUCGCCGCUGCUGCGUCCCGCGAGACCUGUGGGGAGGCCGGGAGUCAUUUCGGGUUCCCUUUCAGCCCACGUGGUCCUGGGACACUCCACCCAGGAACCUAGUCGGCACCGCGCAGGGAAUCCCAGCAGCGGGGUUCUGGCCCCAGCACGCGUUGCGGCAGCCUGGCGAGCGUCCUUGCGGCCUCCAAGUGCCGGUGGGAAAAAUCAUGUCUUCUUCCAGAGUGGGGCUCCGUUUGGCUGCCUGUUUACUAAACGUUUCAGAAGCCGGAAGAAAAUACAUUGUUGAGAACAUAGCAAAAGCAGCUCUUCUUGACAAAAAUGGAAAGAAACAUCUUCAAGUUUCAGUGCUCAAUAUAUUUUCUGAUCAAGACUACAACAGAUCAGUCAUUACAAUAGCAACUUCUGUUGAUAAGUUGGGCAGUUCUGUUCUGGCUGCCUGCCUAGAGGCCUUCCAGGCUAUCGAUAUGGAAGUUCAAGAGGGAAUCCACCCUUGCCUGGGAGCAGUGGUCUUGAUUCCGAUUUACCCUCUCUCUGGUGUCACAGUGGAAGAGUGUGGAGUGGUGGCCAGAAGCCUUGCUGAGGAUCUGGUGCUGCAUGUUCCUGGCUGCAGUGUGUUUCUCUUUGGCGAAGCUGACCUGCCUGAGAAGCGCAGUCUUGUCCAGAGAAGGAAGCAGCUGGGCUGGUUCACGAGGAGGGAUUUCAGUGCUCUUCAGCCUGACCUGGGAGCUGCCCCUUCCCAAAGAUGUGGUUUAACAGCUUGCUUCAGGGCGUUGUGACAGUUGUGUUGGAAGAAAAUUGGAAUUUCAGCCUUGCAGUGAGGGGAUCCGUGCUGCCACCAGAGCAGCCGAGUGCCAAUCUGCGGGAGGCGGGAGUGGAGCGAAACUGCAAACUGAGAAACAAACUUUCACAUCAGGUUUCUAAUUUUAGAGCAAAAAGUGGAAUUACUUUAAUGAUAUGACAUUUAACUAGAAAUACGAUUUGCUGGGAUUAAUUAUCUCUCUCAUUUAAAAUACCUUCUUAGUAGGUUUAAAUUAACAUAAAAAUCAAAUUCAGCAUUUAAAUAAGGUCAAUGGGACUGCUGGAUUUAAACACAGAAUUUGAUUCAGUAUAAUUGGAUCACCGUAUUGGUUUUGACUUGGAAGGAUUAAAUGGAGGAAAUUGGAAAAGCGUGAAUUUGGGCAGAAAGAGAAAUUUUCUCUUCUUUUUCUUUCUUUCUUCUUUCACCUUCCAAGGGAGAGAAGUUUCCCCACCUUGGAGAGGAAACUACUACCCUGAUUAGGUCAGAAACAUCUCAGAUUCAUUAAUUGUCUCCGUUUUAUCACUACUUGAAUAAGAAAUAGUAAUAAAACAAAAAUAUUGUGUAACUAAAGCUUACUAGAAGAAUUUAAAAUACAUACAACAAGGGUCUGUUUGAAAAAUGAUUAUUCUGUGUUAAGUGAUUACCUCUUAUUUUAUUUAAAAGCAUAUGAAAGUUAUUUCUGACGUUUUAUUUUGCUUAAAAAAAUGAACUUUAUGCUUUUGAAGGAAUUUUAAAAAUAAGAGUUUCAUUUCAAUCAAGUAAGUCGCUGUUGGGACACUGAACAGUGUAUGUGUCAUGUUCUUUAUUGAACUCUUGUCCUUACAGCUUAUGUCUAAACUUACUUUAUCUUUAAUAAUUUGUCUUAGGCAAUGAGUUCAUUUAUAGCAAGAAUGAUCAACUUUGGAAAUUCUACUAACAAGGGGAAGUUAUUAGACAUGCAAUGGAAGAGGAUGUCUUGGAAUUUGCUGGGUGAGGGAUUCAGGAAAAGUCCCAGGGCUACAGGGAUGGAAUGACCCAUGUCAUGGGGAAAGCCCCAGGUCCACAUGCAGGAACUUCCUUUGAAAGUGACUUGCUCCCUCAGGCUGAUGAAUUGCAUGUGAAUAACUGAAUGUGACUGGGCAUAUCAAAGCUAUGGGACAGCAACGUGUAAUGGUGAAGCACUACAGGCCUGGUAAGGAUUUUGAAUGGUCAUGCUGAUGUAACCCCCAGUGUUAUAUACUCUUCAGCAAAACCUGAGUGUGAUCCAACUAUUUGUUGGAACGAUGGUAAAGAUAUUACCAUUCCUUGAGUCAAAAUAGGAUAUGUACAUUAGAUUUUAGGACAUAAGGCUAUUUGUAACAUGACUUAUUGGGGGGUAAAUGAGAGAAAAAUGUUUGGAAGUUUUCUGUUAAAGAGUGGCAACAUUAAGAUUGACAAAAAUUCCAGUUAUACUCUGUGCAAUGUUAAAACUGAUAUAAUUCUUAAAGAUAUUUAGGGUAAGUGAUUGGGACAUGAGAUGAUGAGAGAGAGAUGUAUUGACUGUUAGGAAAUUUAAUUUUUAUGAAAUCAGCAUUAUGGGGAAAUACUGUAAUCUGAUUCAUUCCUGCAGAAUUCCCAGGAGGAAGAGGCCCAGCCUCGGGAGUUGAAAUGUUUCAUUAUGUACAUGUGUGGGAAAAAGAUGAAAUGUGGUUUCCGUGUGCUGAUUUUCUGUAAAACAUCUAUUAGUAUGAGAGUAGUCAGGCUAGGCAACAAAGCCCCCAAACCAUCGUAGUGUAGGGAAAAGUGAACCCAGAAGGCAUUUCUCUGAUGGAUGCUGACAUCAGGAGCAAUAAGUUUGAAAGUAGCAAGAAAAAGUAAUGACAGUAAAAUAAUGUUGAAAUAGUAGCUAAGGAAUGAUCACAUGCUGAAGAUGAGGUCAGUCCUUUAUUCCUCAUCAAUCCCUGCUUAACUUUGCUUUUAGAAAUGUAAGGUUCCCCAAAAAUGAGGAAACUGCAAAUGUAAGCUUUUUAUACCAAUGCUAAUUUAACCAAGUUGUCCAUCUUAUAGUGUAAACUAUAAUUAGAGCCACGCUAUUUAUGUAAUGUGAGCCGCACCAUCCCUGAGACAGGGAAAGGCGGGACAUUUGCCCCUGAGCUCUAGAGUAACAGGGCUCUAGAGUGUCAAUGGCCAUCUCAGCCUCUUGUAAAGCUGGGGAUGGAAGAAAGAGGUGCCUCCAACAGGUUUCACAAAGAGAAAGGCACGAGGUUUAUAAGUCUGUGUGAGGGGACUCUUUUGUCUUGUUUGGCUCCAAACCCUGCCAAACUCACAUCAUCACAAAACACGUGAGUCCCUUUGCUCUUCCCAGUUCCAAGGCUGUUUGUUAGUUUUUAGUGACCUCUUUCUCUAAUUAAGACUGGUUUUGAGAUUCAUUUUAGUCUGAUAUUAACCUAAUUCAAUAAUGACAGGAGUUUGUUUCGGAGAGAGGGAGUGGUAGGUACAGAGGUGUGAUUUACUUCUGUCUCUGAGACUCUUAGGCCUGUCAUUGAAUUCAAGCCCCCAUGGAGAUGGCCUUGGAAAUGAAUGAAGGUCCAAGGCCUGUUGCUGCUGAUGACACUUAGCUCUUAACCGUGCUUUUCUUUCUCUGUUGGUAUUUUGGAAAGUUCGAGCUCUUUUAGGAAAAAAAAAAUUCCUUCAGAUAGUUUAGAGUAGAUAAAGUUACCUGAUUAUAGCCUAAAUACUUUUGUUAUGGAAAAAAGUAUUAUCAGCAAAAUAAAAUCAGAUACUAAGUGACUAAAAAAUGGGAGGGUUACCAAAAAAAAAAAAAAAUCAGGUACUAAGUGACUAAAAAAUGAGAGGGUUACCAAAUAUAAUCUCUCUUUCAAAGCAUGAUUGUUCAUUCUUGCCUUACUACUUUUAGGAUGAUCUGCUGCUCAUAAACCAGAUAUAGAAUUUUGAAAUGUUUAUAUGGGGAGAUGGCAUGAUGGUGUUGGGCAUGACUUCAAGGAAGUACUUAUUCUUUUGGAAUUUAGAUGGAAAGUCUAAAGGUUUAGAGAACAUACUGUUUUUGAGCAAAGAGAAGGGUAUUGGCAGAAGAAAUUUUAUUUGAAAGAAAAUAAAAUUUGUAGCCUUUUUGUAUACUAAAAGAAGCUAUUUGUCAAUGAUGGCAAUUUUAAUUAAAUCCUUAGUAUUUAUAUUGUUCUAGUAUCAGAUGCUUCCCAUAAAGCACAGAGAAAUGAAUUUUUCCACAAAUUGAGUUUAGCAAGAAAUACUGUGAUCUUCUUUAAUAAGAGCGCAAAAUGUGAAUUUAUUUUAAGGAAUUAAAAAUAAAGAGUUUGGCUGGGUGUGGUGGCUCAUUCCUGUAAUCCCAGCACUUUGGGAGGCCAAGGUGGGAGGAUCACUUGAACCCAGGAGUUUGAUACCAGCUUGGUCAAUGUAGUGAGACUAUCUCUAUUAGAAAAAAAAAAGUUAAAAAAAAAAA